AUGUCCCUCCUCGAUCAGCCUGAUCUGCUAGGCUCUCGGCAAGAUAAACGAUCCGAUCAGCAACCGCCGAACCAGCAGAUAUCCUAUUCCUCCGAAUCAUCCGGCAAUGCGGUCGCAUCCGAAUCCCCCUCACAGUACUCUUCCUUCUCGAGCUCCGACAGCGAUGGCCCAACCCCGCAUUAUGACAGUGAAAAGGACGAAGAUGAUGCGAGUGAUGUCGUCGGUGUCAGCAUUGGCCCAACCCAGAGUCGCAUGAAAGCUCGCGCUACACCCGCCGAAGAGAAAACCCGUGCUCUGGAGAACAGCGGUGGGUACUUCAACGAGGUACCGGACACAUUCGGCGAGGAUGGCCUGUUCGUAUCGGAAUUGACGGCGGAGCCUGAAUCGGUUGAGUCUGAUUUGGCGGCCCAACAAGCUCCUGCUGAGCGGACGACUCGGAGGGGCCCAGCGCAUCCUCAUGCACAUUCCUUACCGGUGGAGCGCCGGGCGCCACGCGGUCCCCACACUGGAGGCUCUGCGUCAGCGGGCGUGCAUGAGCCCAAGGAAUCCGGCCAUCGAUCGGGCUUUACCCGUUCGCUGCUGAAGACCUCGCUUCCCAGUCGGCCACGGGCUUGGUCUGGGGAGCUAAAGAAGUUCUUCCCGGACCUGGGCGCUCUGGCGAAGCGGCCGACGCUGCCAUUUCUAGGGAAUGCCCACAACCGGGCUCGCAGUCAAACCGUAGAGGGUGCAAGGAAACGGAAUGCGACGCUGCAGAAGAGAGCGAAGUCGUUGGAUCGGCGUCACCCGCCUUCUCCUCCGUUGCCUAAUGGGGGUCAUGAUUCAGAUGAAGCUGAUGAUGGGCAUCAUGUGCCGGAGCUGAAAUCGGUGGAAGCAAGCUCCGCUGUUAAGCAUUCUUUCUCCCGACGGCCCAGUACAACACCGGGGCGACCGCCAAGUCUUCGUCGAUCAUCUUCGGAUCAAUCGCUAUACUUGCGUGCAUCGUCCACGGCGUCGUCGUUGGAACAACGGCCGCGAUAUGAGAAUGUGCAUUCCCAGGUCAAUAGCCGGUUCAAGGCGAUUAAAGAUUCCUUGCAAGAUUCAAGUAGCCGCUUGCUUAGUAUGCCAGCCUUGAAUCUGCAGGACAUUCGUAAUGAUUGGAAUUCGCGGCCAUUCUUCCCUGAUAUCGGGGGCUCAGGUAGCUCGGAUAAAGAUCUGAAUGGUUCGACACAUGCAGCCGCGACGCCGCCGCCUCCUCCGCGACAGAACACACAGUCCACACAUCCAAUCCUAGAAGAGGCUAUGUCAGAACUGACCGGAGAUAUCGUGAUCCUUGGUGGCUAUCGAGGUUCGAUCCUGCGAUCUGCCAAGCCACCUCAUCGACAGCUGUGGGUUCCAAUGAAGGUGGGACUGAAUCUGCGAAAGGUCGAUCUGGAGGUUGGUUUGACUCACGAAGACGAGGAGCGCAUGGAAGAGACCAUCGUUCCAUCUGGUGUGCUGUCCCAUGUUGGCCCCGUGGAUGUAUGCCGCCGGUUGAUGAAGCGGCUCCGGAAAUCCGAGAAUGCUAUCCGCGGCGAUCUUCGCGUUUGGGACUACGGCUAUGACUGGCGGUUGAGCCCAGACCUGCUUUCAAAAAGGCUAAUUGAGUUCCUCGAGGGUUUGCCAUCCAAUCGCCCGAACAGCACUGGCCAGAGACGUGGUGCCUACGUCAUCGCGCAUAGUCUCGGCGGCCUUAUAACUCGGCACGCCGUCAACCAACGACCCGAUCUCUUUGCCGGUGUCUUAUACGCAGGAGUCCCCCAGCACUGCGUCAACAUCCUCGGUCCCUUGCGCAACGGCGACGACGUCCUACUCAGCUCCCGUGUCCUAACAGCUCAGGUCAACUUCACCUUCCGCACCAGCUUCGCCCUCCUCCCAGAAGACGGCCAUUGUUUCAUCGACAAGCAAUCCAAAGAAGAAUUCCGAGUGGAUUUCUUCGACGCCGCAAGCUGGGACGAACACCGUCUCUCUCCAUGCAUACAGCCAUGUCUCCCACCCAUGACGGCCCCAAUAAUUCGCGGCUUCAAAGACUUCACCCUAAUCGGUAAACGAUUCUCUAUGGGUCCUCGCGAUGACGCCGAAACAAGCGUCCAAGACUUCGCAGACUUCAACGAACCAAACACAACCACAGACGAAGAUACACCCACCCGCAAACAAGGUUCCGCUCAUUCGUCUCGCUCUCCAUCGCGCGCUGCUGCAGAAAACAUCUCCAUCCCAGCCGACGGGAUUGUAGGCCCUGUCUCACACCCGCGUGGUAGUGCUGGUUCAAGCAAAGCUUCAACAGCUAGUACCAUCCCCAAAGCUGCUGCUGUCGAAUAUCUGAAACGCACUCUUGCGGAGGUUAAGCAAUUCAAGUCGGAACUGGAGUUCCAGCCUGAUCAUCAGUCGGGUAACAAGUACCCGCCUGCAGCUGUGUUGUAUGGCAAGAGUGUGCCUACCGUUUAUGGAGCCCGUGUUGUCUCACGCGAAGCGAUCAAGCAUCAAGAUUGCUAUGAUGAUUUGGCGUUCGCGGCAGGUGAUGGUGUUUGUCUUGCUUCUGCUGCGAUGUUGCCGCCUGGAUACCGGAUUAUCAAAGAUGGGCUGGUGAAGAGUGAACGUGGUCAUGUUGGAUUACUUGGAGAUCUCGAGGGCGUGGGGCAGUGUCUGAGGGCUAUUGUUCGGGGACGCAGAGAGGGGGUUGGUUUGGGUAGCCAGAAUUAA